AUGUCGACUACAACGGAGACAUCAACAGCCACUAACACGCCUAAAGGCCGAACUAAGCCCCCAAGUCUUUUGGCGUGUAUUGCUUGCCGAAAAUCCCAUCUAAAGUGCAAUGGCAACAAGCCAAUCUGCGCCCGAUGCGCAGAUCGCAACGGGGAAUGUAUCUGGAUGGAUUCCCGAAGAGGAUACCGGGAAUUCAGAAAGAACCAACCCUCACCUGAAGAAAAGCGCGAGGAGAGGUCCGCCAGAAAUGAUGCCAUAUUCGACGAAUCGCAGGGCUGCGAGCCUCAACUCAUCUUUCUAGGCGUCGACGAGGCUGACCCUCCUGAAAUUACCCCACUCUGCUACGACGACCUCUUCGCAGGCAUAGACCCUAUCUUCUCGACGAUGCCGAUGGAAUUACAAUCAGUACUCCCCAAAGGCAUUCCCAGCCCUAACGGUAGUGAUUCAACCCUGUCGAUCCCCCGCGAGUCCCAUCCAACAGAAUCAGGAAAAGGAGAUGACUUGAUAGAUCUCUUUUACAAAUACUUCUAUCAUGCUCACCCCUUCGUUGUCCCACGCCAAAAGUAUCUGGAGAACCCAUCCUGUCUGCCCAAGCCAUUGAAGGCGGUCCUCCAACACCUCGCCAGCCAUUAUGUCCCUGACGCGAACCACGUCGCGCUCGAGAAAUCGGCCAAAGUCAUCUUCUCCAAUGAAGUUCCCGACGAUGGCUUCAAGGUCCAAGGUCUUCUCCUCUACGGCAUGACGUCCUUUGCACGCUUUGACCAAGAAGAAGGCGCCCAAGCCCUGGGGCAAGCCUUCGAGAUUGCUUUGAGGAUCGGCAUGAAUCGACAGAGCUUUGCCAUCCAGCAUGGCCGAGAUGACCCGACACUGCAAGAAUCCUGGCGGCGGACAUGGUGGACUCUGAUGAUCCUCGAAGGUGUCAUCGUGGUGAUCGGCGGCCAGUCACAACCGUACAGACUGUUCUCGACGUACACUGACGUUCCUCUGCCCGGGCACGACGAAGACUACAACGAACUCCGCGCCUCUCCUCUUCCUCGCACCCUCGCCGACCUCCGCAAUCGAACAUUCUCCGAAGACACAUUCGCGUACUCGUCAUUCGCAUACGCCAUCGAGGCAGCAUACAUCCUCGGCUCGGUCCUGGCACUGGGUCCAGACACCUUCGCCGUGACGGACCCUCAAGUCGAGGCCAUCGACGCCAGCAUCACCAACUUCUUCCUGUCCUUACCGCAAGACAAGCGCGAAGUCAUCCGGCAAGACGGCCAUGUCGACCAAUGUUUGGCAGUGACCCACCUCAUCAUCAACUGGGCCGCCAUCAGCCUGCACCGCCCACGCUCCACCCUGACAUUCAUCCGCAACCACUACCGCACGACAUGCACUCGAGCCGAAGCAGCAGGUCUCCCGGCCCUAGCAUAUUCCUCACACACCGCCAAGGCUCUCCGCGCCGCAAACAACAUCAUCAACCUGGCGACCGUUCAGCAGUCCAUGGCUUACGCGGCACCGAUACUGAUGUGCGGCAUCACGACCGCUGCGACCGUCCAUCUUCCGGCAUACGCCAUGGUUGACCGGCCUGACCAAGCCGCCGCGAUCAAGGAGCGCUUGCAAGUCGGCAUCUCUGCGCUCGGCGCCUUCGGAGAGAUCUGGCCUCGCGCACUGAUCGCGAAGGGUCAAGUCGCCAAGUUUGCGCGCGAAGUGCUUGCCAAGCCUAGUGUCUGCACUGACGGUAUAAUGCCGAGCACGAUUCCAAGGAUCGUGCCGGAAGCGACGCCGCAGUUGCAGUACGACAUGCCGUUCAACAGUGACUUGUGGAUGGACAAUUUGAUCGAGGCGGAGCAGACUGUUGAUGAUUGUGGCGGUGUGUGCAAUGUCUUUGAUGGUUUCACGAUGCCGUCGCUUGAGGAUCCUGUUGCUAUGACGCAGACACAGGACACUGCUGCUGUUGUGUGA